CCCGUGCCAGCUACCAGUAGGAGAAUCACAAUGAAGAUAUUGGUGUCAUUAGGUAUAGCCACGCUGCUGGUAUUAAGUGUAGCGGCCGAGGACAAGAAGGCUGCCGAGGAAGCCAAGCCAGUCGAGCAGGCGGAAAAGAAACAGGAUAAGCGUGGACUUUUUGAUCAUGAUUUUGGUGGACAUGAUUUCCAUGAGUACGAGGGACACCAUGAGCACAUUGAUCUGCAUCCACAUCACGAGAAGACGUUGACUGUUGUUAAGAAAGUCCCAGUUCCAUACCCAGUUGAAAAACAAAUCCCAUACCCAGUUGAGAAGCACAUUCCUUAUCCAGUUAAGGUUGGAGUACCGAAGCCUUAUCCAGUGUACAAAACCGUGCACUACCCAGUCAAGGAAGUCGUCAAAGUACCCGUCCAUGUCCCAGCUCCAUACCCAGUUGAGAAGCACGUCCCAUACCCAGUCCAUGUCCCAGUCGAUCGGCCAGUCCCAGUCAAAGUGUACGUGCCAGCUCCCUACCCAGUGGAAAAGAAGAUUCCAGUUCCAGUAAAGGUCCCAGUCCCAGCCCCAUACCCAGUUGAAAAGAAGGUUCUGGUGCCUGUCAAGGUUCCAGUUCAUGUAGAAAAGCCAUACCCAGUUGAGAAGGUUGUCCACUACCCAGUCCAUGUGCCAGUUGACCGUCCAGUUCCAGUCCAUGUGCACAAACCAGUACCAGUCCCGGUUGAGAAACCCGUCCCAUACCCAGUAAUCAAGAAGGUCCCAUACCCAGUCCAUGUACCAGUCGAUCGUCCAGUUCCGGUCCAUGUUGAGAAACCAGUGCCAGUCCCAGUCAAGGUGCCAGUGCCAGCUCCUUAUCCAGUGGAGAAGCACAUCCCAUACCCAGUGUACAAGAACGUCCCCUACCCAGUCAAGGUCCCAUAUGACCGCCCAGUCCCCUACACUGUCGAAAAGCACGUCCCAGUGGAAAUCGAGAAACAUGUCCCCUAUCCAGUCAAGGUCCCAGUGCAUGUUCCAGUCCACCACCACGAAGAACAUCACGAAGAAAUCCACCAGCUCGACGAGCAUGACUUCCACCAUGAACAUCAUGAACACCAUGAAUAAGUAACAAUUGUGAUAAAAAACCCCUCCCCCCCUCUGCCUCGUAUUAAUAGAAGUUUCCUCGUUCCUGCUAGUAAUUUCCCUCCCAAAACCCCGCCUCUCCGUAACGAUCCAAUAACCCUUCCCAUUUAAGCUAACCUCUCAUUCGUAUCAGACUAGAAUGAGAUGAAUUUCAAUCAACAUUCGUGAUAUUGAAUAAGUUACCAAUUGUUUUAAGCGUAGAUGCUACAAACAGACAAACAAAUACUCACCAAAACCCCUCA